AUUAAAUCAGUCGCUUGAUAACAACUGUGGUGUUAUCAAUUACGUACGAAAAAGAUCAUUUUACAAAACAACAUAUUGAAAAUAAGAAACCAUUGGAAAUAUCUGAUCAAUUUUGGUGAAAAAUAUUAUUAAAAUAAAAAUGUUUCAUACAAACUUCAACGAGAAAUUGAAAGAAUGGAGUGGAUGUCCUAUUCCGCCUUUAUACAAUCCACAUAUCAAUAUUGCGCAUGUUUUGUUGAGAUCCAUGAAAUUGUUCGGAUCGAAAAUUGCACAAAUAAGCGACGAUAGCGGUGUCCAUUUAACCUUCGAUGAAAUUCGCUUGAAAACAAUUCGAGCAGCUCAAAAUCUCCAAAACAUGGGCUAUCAACCGAAACAAGUGGUUGGAAUUAUGUCGGAAAAUGUUCCAUAUUUAUCGUCAAUUGUAUUUGCUUCAUUUUCCAUUGGAUGUCCGGUCAAUGUGCUCAGCACAGUGGUUGAAAAACCAGACGUAAUGCGAAUGCUUGGAAUAACUGAACCAAGUGUUAUGAUUUGCGACGUCAAAGUCUAUGAUUUGAUAAAGGAGUGCUUGAACGAAUUGAAAAAUAAUGCACGGAUUUUUACAUUCAAUGGGACAAAAGGCGAUUCGCAACCUAUUGAAAGUCUUUUCACAGAAACCGGAACUGAGGAGAGUUUUGUACCAGCAGAAGUGGAUGGAGUAAAUGAUGUCGCUGCUAUUUUAUGCUCUUCAGGAACGACGGGUCCAUUCAAAGGGGUGUGUCUAUCACACGCGAACAUUGUUGCUGAGAUAACCGCUUUGAAUUUAUGCACAUCGGAUGAUAUUCUGCUGAGUAACAGUUCCUUGCAAUGGAUAUCUGGCCACAAUACACUUUUGUUGGGAACAAUUAGCGGCGUUACUCGUAUCAUUACAACUCAAACAUUUUCACCUGAAUUACAUUUGCGGCUAAUCGAAAAAUAUAAAGUAACCAAAAUAAUAAGCGUCACAUACAGUAUGAUUGCGUUGUUAAAGUGUCGGGCCCUUUCAUCCACAAAUCUGUCAAGCGUUAAAUGCUAUCUGAUACGUGGAUAUAAGGCACCAUACUCUUUGGUAAAUGAAUUCAAUACGUACUUGCCAAACGGACAAGUUGUUCAGGCAUAUGGAUUAACUGAAAUGUCUGGAGUUGUGGCAGUCAAUUCGACUGGGACUGAUUCAGCAGGUCAAGUAUUGAGUUGCUUUCGAUUCAAGAUCGUUGAUAAAGAUGGAAUUCGAUGUGGAUAUGAUACUAAUGGGGAAAUCUGUAUUAAAACGCCGUAUACACCUUUGGGCUAUUACCGAAAUAAGGACUUGACAUCAAAAGCCUUCGACGAUGAAGGAUUCUUUUUAACGGGUGACAUUGGUUUCAUUGAUAAAAAUGGCAACAUUCAUAUAAUUGAUAGAAUUAAAGACUUGAUAGCAUACGAAUUCGAAAUAUCACCAUCCGAAAUUGAGGGAUUCCUUAUCAAAUCGUCUGAAGUAAAAGCAGUUUGCGUUGUUGGAGUUCUUACUGAGUUGAAUAUUGAAGUUCCAGCCGCUGUUAUUAUACGCGAAAAAGGAUCACAAAUUACGGAAGAAAACAUUUGUAAAAUGGUCGAAGAUAAUUUGGUCGACUAUUGUAAACUGCGUGGCGGCGUUUAUUUUGUUGAUGAAAUUCCGACAACUCCGUCGGGAAAAUUACUUCGACGGUGGUGCAAGGAAACAGCUAACGAAUUAUUCAAAUCAAAAAAUAGUUCGUAAUAAAAAGGGCUGCUUAAUUGCCAAAUUAAGUGAAAAUUAGCACGCAUCGCUACUAAAAAAUUGAUUCUUGGUCAUUUUAAUGUUUAUUGGUAAAAAAAUGUGACUAGCGUUUUUACCGUUGUUGUUUUAAAAUAAUAUAUUUCAGUUAUGAACAUUCAUUGUUUUUUUUACAAAUAUAUGUGUCUUUUAAAAAAUUCAAAAUUCGUCUGCCAUAAAUAUUAAGGAUAAUUAAUUUCUUGUGCCAAAAUCUGAAUCAAAAAUACAUUGAUGCCAACAACUUUAUAGUCGAUAAAAACGGUAAAACGAAUACUUUUUUGAAUCUCAUUUUUUUCACAUAAUUUUGCCGAAUAAAAGCAUGUACAAUACA